UACAUGAAUAAAAUGGCCGUCUAACGGAAGUGUCUUGAAGACUAUUGAAUGAAAUGACUGUAGAUUAACGAUGGAACAUCAUAGUACAAUGCCUUGAGUAAUUAUAAAUCGGUCAUGUGUCCAGGAAUAUUUGUUAGUAUCUGACAAAAGAACAUUCUACUGCUCAAUGUCUACAGCUGAGAAGGCAGAGGACAAUGACUGGGAUUURCAAUCUCUAUGUCAGGAUUUUCUUUUUGAAUGCCAUGUUCCAGCCUUGGAGAAAAUCAUAAAAGAACAUUAUGGCAAAGACACAAAAAAGUUUAUUACAGAAUACCUUGAUCCUGUCUUGUCGUUGCUAAGGGACGUGAGGCAAUCUGCUGAGGAAUGUUUCACUGCUACAGAAGGACCAGAUGAUAAUUGGAUUCCAUAUUACGAAAAGUUUGUCCAGUCAGUUAUUCAUGUAUCAAAGUUAUCCAACACACUCCACAAGGGGGAUUUCUAUAUCCAUCUUAGUUCUAUUGUGCCUGGACAACUAAUCAUCAAGUAUUAUGAUACCAAACAAGUCCAGUCUCUACCUCUUGAUAAAAGUGACUUACCAAAGAUAUGGUCAAAAGACUGGACAGAACAGCUGAGAAAUGAGAUGAAUGGAAGGUUUYUGUUUCUUAAUUGUAUUGUUAUGAGUAAAACAAAAAGACUUGAAAGACGUCCAUGGAGAUAUUUGAUGUCAGCAACACGUAAUGUUAGCUUUAAAAAAUAUAGAGCCAUCGAAAAGGCAGACAAUCUUGAGGAAAGCUGCAAGAUAAGUAGACAGUCUUUGUUUUUGGAAAAACCUCUGAACAUUUUUGAAAUCAACUUUGAGUUACUGCACACAGGAGUUGCAUGUUUACCAGGUACAAAGGAUUUACAGAAUGGUCCAAUUCUACUGAUMAAUCCCUCUCGUCCUGAUUGGAACAAUAUACAGUACAGYACAGUUGAAUUGACAAGACUGUUAAUGUACUUCCAUACCUUACCAAAAAAACAAGAGCCUUACAAGGGAUUUAGCGUGAUUCUUGACUCCAGGAAGACUUCAACAAAGAGACGUUUACUUGAGGAUAUUAUUGAAGCCAUGAUUUGCUUUCAGGAAAGCUGCCCUGGGGCUAUUCAUAUUGUAUAUGUUGUGGCUAAAAAAGAUUCACCUAUUCUAAUGUUUAACACAACAAAGAUAAAAGAACAACUAAACUUCGAGUUCAAGAUUAUUACUACUGUACAAGAUCUCAAGAAAUACAUYGAUGAAUCACAGUUGACACCAGAAUUCAAUGGAACUUUUCACUACGACCAUGAUGAAUGGAUUCGCUUCAGAAUUAAACUGGAACCAUUUAUGACUGGAUGUCGUAGUGCUGCUAAACUUGCUAUGGAAGUCAUGCAUCAGUUUACAAGUACAAAAGUAGGAGAAAACUUACAAGAAUGUAAAACAUUAUUAGAGCAGCAUGAACAAAAGGUUAAGGAGGUGUUUUUGGACAGUCGAUUAUCAGCACUUCAAGUAGAAGGAGAACAACUUUUAAUUCGUUUGGAAGAAGAGAAAUCAAACUUAAACAAAACAGAGGACUAUAAAGAGACUGUACAGUGUGUAUCAAGGCUGUACAACCAAAUGAACGAAGUGUUUUGUAAACUUGAGAUGCUCACUGAUAACAGAACGAAAAGACUUAAACAGUGYUUACAAUUGAGAGAUUUUGAAACAGAAUCUGAUAAGGUCACCACGUGGAUCAAGAACGAAGCUGAGCCUUUCUUGGAUAAGGAGGCUGAUCUCGGAGAUUCGUUAAGACAUGUCGAGACCUUGCAAGAGGAAUUGAAAACUUUUGAUAAUUCUGCAAAGCAAUACUACGAUAAAAUAGAAAACCUGUUAGAAGAAGGUCGUUCAUUGUACCAGGGAGGCCAUUUUGAAAGUAUUGGUCUUCAGGAGAGCUGUAAAUAUCUAGAAGACAUGUAUAAAAGAAUUUCUGAAAAACACGAAGACAGACGAAAACUGCUCAUCCUGGGCAGAGAAUUCCACCAGCUCCUGAAUGAAAUAUCUGAAUGGACAAUUAGUACAUUAAAGCAAAUAGCAUUGAUGAAGAUGGAAGAGAUCCUCACAUUAGACGGGGUACUUGCUCUUACUAAGAGUCUAGAGGAUUAUCUGGAGAAACAUCCCGUAUGGCCGGCCAGUCGAUUACAUCGGAUAUCAGAGAUUGCUACCAAUAUAGGUCAAAGUAACAUGGUCAGCCAGGCAGAAGGGGUUUUAACRCGGUAUAAAGAAGUUGAAGAUAUGCUGGGACAAAGAAAAGAGACCUUGGGAAGAGCCGAGGAAAAACUUAAGGGUCACCCCUCUUGUGAAAUAUCUAGUACCAACACAGGGGGCAGCGAUGAAUCGUCAUCGACUCCUCAAGAUGGCGAUGAAGAGAGUGACGCCGCACCUGAAGACACAGACGACGAGAUCGAUAGCCCAAUACCGGAAGCGGUGCAGGCUUUCAUCUCGCCGGAACGAAAGAUCUCAUCAGAAAAGUUGUACACUUGGAAAGAGGUCAGCGGUCUUCAGCCAGAUAGCCCACCACCUUUGGAAAGCAUCGAAGAAUGUGAGCAAAAUCUUUCUCCGCGAAUAAAAGAGAAAUUGAAGUAUAUUGUACAGGAAAUGAUUGACACUGAACGAGACUACGUCAGGUCACUAGAAUACAUCAUGCAGAAUUAUUUAUCAAGAAUGGAGGAUCCUAACUUGCUGCCAUCACUGAAAGGAAAGAAGAAUAUUUUAUUUGGAAAUAUUGAAAGAAUCUACGAUUUUCAUAACCGAUGUUUCCUACAUGAAUUAGAAAUAUCUCAAGACAGACCAUUACAGAUAGGAAGUUGCUUCUUGAAAUGGGAACGUCAAUUCUACCUGUAUGCAUUGUACAACAAGAACAAGCCUCGAUCAGAUCAACUCUUAUCAGACCAUGGAAAUGUCUACUUUAGGGCAUGUCAGAAAGAACUAGGCGAUAAGUUGGACCUUGGCAGCUAUCUCAUGAAGCCUGUACAAAGAAUGUGUAAAUACGGUCURCUGUUAAGGGAUAUGAUUGACACUUGUAAAGAUGGAUCACGUGUAAACGAGCUUAAGGAAGCAGAAAACAUGGUUCGCUUUCAGYUGAGACACGGAAACGACUUAUUGGCUAUGGACUCGUUGCGAAAUUGUGAUGUGAACGUGAAGGAGCAGGGGAGACUUCUACGUCAAGACAAUUUUAUYGUUUGGUCAGGAAAGAAGAAGCACCAUCGACGAGUGUUUUUGUUUGAAGACUUGGUUUUGUUUAGUAAGGCAAAGAGACAGCAAGGRGGCGUGGACCUUUUCUGUUACAAAAACUCUUUGAAGACCGCUGAUCUUGGUCUUACCGAGUCUGUGGGCGACGGUGGACAUAAGUUUGAGCUGUGGUUUCGAAAGAGAAAGACUGGGGAGAAAUUUAUUCUUCAGGCUUCUAAUAUGAAAGUAAAGACUGCUUGGUUGACGGAAAUCACUAAGAUAUUAUGGAAACAAGCAGUGCGCAAUAAAGAGUAUGGYCUGACUGAGGCCUCGACAGGUAUAAGUGUUGAGAGUCAGCCGGCAUUACAUAUACCAAGCACACGAUAUGACGAGCCCUUGCCAUACCAACCAACUAUCACCACUAAUGUCGUAUUACGAGCUAGUUCCARUCCCACUACAAAUCUCACGGACAAGCGAAUCUCAUUAAUCGGGUCGGAGUUAUCUGAYUCAUCGGCAAGCAGUGGUUUUUGUGACGCUAAUUCUCACCUGACUGAAGACGAUGGCGCMUCGAGCAGRGKGGCAGUUGCUUCYACCGAUAAUCGKGUGACSCAUYCYAAACAACAAGUGAGCCCACGAGGGCAUCGAAGAAAGAAGUCAGCAGAGGAACCUAGCAACAAAAURAUCAAGGAAAUCAAUAAAUCACAAGCUGAUAAAUCAAAUAAGACUAGUAAAUCACCGACUCCCGAAGAGGAGAAGAAGUCAACAAACUUUUUCCGAAAUUUUGCGUUACCAUUACGCGACCGAUCAAAUUCCGACAAAACAAGUGAGCUGGCGUCGAUCCCUGGUGAGGAGUGUGUUGCAGGUGGUGUUGUAUUACGACGUAAUAGCAAGGACUAUAGUAAUAAGCGAAGGUCAUUCAUUGAUAGAAUUACACAUAAGAAUGACACAAAAGAAAAAGAUAAACAACGAAGACGAAGUCUUGGAGAAACAACGAUUAGCAUGGUGGACACAAGAACUGAUGCCAAGGAGUCUUCUCGAGGACAAAAGUCGAUAACAAAGUCAAAGAGCACUUGCUUAGCAACCGAGGUGUAACAGACAUUUAUCACGUGACCUCUCAACUUAUGAUGUCACUAAUGCUGACCUGUUACCGUUCUACAUCAACAGUUUGUUGAUUCACAAAGUAUAUUAGGAUACUACACAGAUUACCUGUUAUUAUGAAACGACGAGCACACAAAUCUCACCUUUGGAUYAUGACUCUAUCUCGAUAUCUUUUCCUUUAUGAAUCGAUACCGUUAAUUUGUUCAUCAAUAUGUGGAACUURUCCAUGUUGUAAAGUAAAAUAUAUUUGCAAUAUAGCAAUGGUGAUUCGAGAAAAAUAUCACUAUCAUAAAUGUAUGCAUAUAAUUAGUAAAUUUUUGACUAUUAAAUAAAAUCAAAUUAUCAAUAAAAUAUAUUUUUAUUGGAGAAA